AUGAUGGACCAUAUUCUUGUAAAAACACUCAUUUCUUCUCGCAAUAAGGAUGGUGUCAACACUUUCAUUAAAUACGACUUUGAUAAAACUUUGGAUAUCAAGGAAGAAAUAAUACAAGAAUUUUCAGAUCCAGAGCCAGUUGCAGCCCAUGAAGAGAAUGAACCAAUUGAGUCAAAAUUUUGUACCGUAUAUGUAAGAGAAGAUGAGAUUUUUGCUGUGAAGCCCAAAAUGCAUACCCAUAAGAAGCAGAAAACUGAGGAAUCAAAUCCGGAAAAGAAAUACAAAUGCAUAAAGUGUGCGCGGGGCUAUACAAAUAAAGGAAAUUUGACUUCUCAUCAAAAAUACGAAUGCGACGUGAAAUCACAGUUCUUGUGCAAAUUCUGCAACAAACAAUUUGCACAUAAAAGUCACAUGAUUCGCCACGUGGGUCUUCUAGAUAUUAAAAAAAGCUCACAGGCUUCGGAAACGAGUCGACUACAUUUUUUUUUCUCCAGAAAAUUCGGACGAACAAGGGAAAAUAGUAGAAUAAGGUGUGUUGUGGAUAAUACGAAUUCGUUGAGUGAAGAUCAACAUAGUUUCAAGAGACAGUCGAAGAAAUCAAUAGUAGCAGAUGAGGAUGGGCCAUAUUCUUGCACAACUACUCACAUUUCUUCUGACAAUAAGUCUGGUGCCAAGACUUUAAUUGAAUACGACAUGGAUCAAACUUUGGAUAUCAAGGAAGAGAUUAAUCCAGAAUUAGGGACAAUUACAGCCGAGAAAGGGAAUAAAAGAAAUAAGUCAACAUUUUGUAGCGUAUAUGUAAGAGAAGAUGAGAUUUUGGCGGUUAAGCCCAAACUGCUUACACAUAAGAAGCAUAAGAUUCAUGAAUCAAAACCGAAAAAGAAAUACACGUGCGAAAAGUGUUCGCGUACCUAUACCCGGAACCAAGGUUCUGGAAUACUAGCAUCUUAUUCAGGAUUAGACAUUCUUCAACAUUCUUCAAAUUCAAUUCCGCUCGAAUCUAUGCAGGCAAAUGUGAAAGUAUGCAGGAACAGAAUUAAAAAGCCAUACUUGUGCCAACAGUGUGGAAGAGGGUUUGCACUUAAGAGGACAAAAAAUCGUCAUAUGAAGCACGAAUGUGGAAAAAUGCCAAUGUUCCAAUGUCCAUUUUGUGGGCUGCGAUCUAAGCAAACUUCACCAAUUUAUGCGCAUAUUCGAAGAAAGCAUCCUGGCAUGGAAGUCUACGUUGUCGAUCUAAGACAAAAGAUGUAA